GCACCUCCCUCUCCGUUCAUUUUUUUGUCACUUAUACAUAGAUAACAAUAACAUAACGUCCCAGAACUCCGAAUUCCCUUCUCUCUUUCUUCUUCUCUCUUCAUAUAACAAUGGACAGAGACAUGCUUCCAGCAAGGUCUCAUCCUCUUUCUUGGACGGAACCCUUACUUGCAGAAGACAGCACUGACAUUGGAAUUCCCAUGAAUGCCCCUCUCACUUCCUUCAAAACCAUACCCCAGCCUCCUCCAAUUACCAUAAACCCCUUCCCCUUCCUCACUGCUAACACUAACGAUAACAACUUCCUCACUUUGGGAAUGGGGAGUUUGGAGAGGAAAUGGGGAGAGGGGGAAGUUGAAGAAGGUAGCAUUGAGGCUUCAGUGUGGAAUUACGAUUCUGAUGAGAAUGUUGAGAGUGGUAGUAAGGCUGUGGUGGUGGAGGAGAGUGGGAAUCAUAGCGGCGGAGGGAAUGGGAAUUUGAGCUUGAGUGGCGGUGUCAAUGGUGGAGAUCAGAAAGGGAAGAAGAAAGGGAUGCCGGCGAAGAAUCUCAUGGCGGAGAGGCGGCGCAGGAAGAAGCUUAAUGAUAGGUUGUACAUGCUUAGGUCUGUUGUGCCAAAGAUUAGCAAGAUGGAUAGGGCUUCGAUACUUGGGGAUGCAAUCGACUACUUGAGGGAGUUACUGCAGCGGAUUAAUGAUCUUCACAAUGAACUGGAGUCAACUCCACCUGGCUCUUCGCUGCAAUCUUCCACCACCAGCCUUCAACCUUUGACACCCACGCCGCAAACCCUUCCGUGCCGGGUGAAGGAGGAACUGUAUCCUGGCGUCUUGCCAAGCCCCAAAAACCAACCUGCAAAGGUGGAAGUUAGGGUGAGGGAAGGGAGAGCUGUCAACAUUCAUAUGUUUUGUACUCGCCGACCAGGUCUUCUGCUCUCAACCAUGCGGGCUCUGGAUAGUUUUAUGAUCCUUUCCCCCAAUUUUGUUUGGGCAUUCCAAAUGCAAUGCAGAGAAGGGCAGGAUGUUCUUCCUGAGGAAAUCAAAGCAGUGCUGCUGGAUUCAGCAGGGAUCCAUGACAUGAUGUGAUUCAAGCUCUUCAUUGAUAAAUGGCUAACUGUUUGUUGCAACUUGCAAGCAGUAUCCAAAUGCAUUACCUCUUAACAAUUACUGCCUGUGAAGGCAUAACCAUGAAGAUCGAAUAGGUUAGCUUAAUCCGUAGGUUUGAGAAGUUGUCUUGUGGUGUUUUCUCAUGAUUUUGAGCAAAGCAAAUGAACUUUAGAUUUUUAUUUUUAAGUGAUGGAAUAUUAUUUGUUUUACUCUGACCUAUUUUAGUCAUGGAAUAAUUUCUAUUUUAUUUUA